AUGAUAAGCGAAGGAGCCGCACCCAUUGCGACAUUCGGGAUUGUGGAUGGAGCAACGCUCGGUCCUCUUCUUCCGAAAGCUCGGAUGAUCGUGCUGGCGACUGUUCUGAUGAUGACCGUCUUUGUCGAAACAGCGGGCAGCACGGCGCCGACAUUGCUCAUCCCGCUCAUGGCUCGAGAUCUUGACAUCCCAGAGAUCGAGACGCAAUGGGUGUCAUCCGCGUAUAUCAUCGCCUCCUCCUGCGGGAAACUCUUCUCGGGUCGGAUGGCGGACAUAUGGGGUAGGAAGCGCAUGUUUCUGAUCGGUCUGGCGAUAUACGCUGUCUUUGCGAUCAUUACCGGGGCCGUUAAGAAUAUAGUGGUUAUAAGUGUCACUCGAGCACUAUCGGGGAUCGGCAACUCUAUUGCUAUACCAGCAGGAUUUGGUCUUAUCGGCGCGACAAUCAAGCAGGAGCCUGCGCGAACGAUCGUGUUCUCGAUGUUUGGUCUCGGCAGUCCCGUCGGAUCGGCAGUAGGGAACUUCAUUGGUGGCGCAAUGGGAAGCAUCGGACCGGGCGCAUGGUCUUACCUCUUUUUUCUUCUGGCUGGUCUGAGCGUGAUUACCUUCGUCGCCGCCAUUGUGGUCAUCCCGUCCGACGUCCGCGUAAGCACCGAUCAAGACACCCGCAUCGAUUGGGUCGGCGGUGCCUUGGUCACAUCUGCAAUGUGCCUCUUCACCUUUAGUCUCGCAGACUCUGGUCUCGCCCCAAAAGGAUGGCGAACGCCUUACGUCCCCGCUCUUCUGGUCACAUCCCUCCUUGUACUGCUCGCUUUCGUCCUGUGGACCCCGGCGUCCACCCCACCCAUUCUCAAGAUGUCGCUCCUGAGCCGUAAAAGUGGACUCAUAAGCGUUGUGUGUGGUAAUUGCUUCCUUGUGUCUAUAUCAGUCAUGGGCUGGGUCUACACAUCGACCAUAUUCUACCAGAAUUACAAGGGACUCACCACUCUCCAGAACGCAAUCGCCAUAUUGCCAUCUACCAUUGUGGGAGCUUUGGCCGCUGUAAGUCACCAUUGCGUCCAUCCGCUCGGCCGCCGUCUAGACAUCCUCGUCGUACCUGCAGCUGACAGAGCAGAUGUCGGUGAUGUACCUCGCGCCCCGGGUAUCGGCACCGUCUGCUCGAUCUUGUACGCCACUUGGCCAGUGGGUCUGACAUACUGGGCAAUGGAGUUCCCUGGUCAGGUGCUAUUGCCGUGGGGAAUAGAUCUCACUUUUGUAUUGGGCAACAUCCUUAUAUCCAAUCUGGUCGAGGCAGAGGAUCAGUCGGUCGCAGGUGCACUCUUCCAGACCUCGGGAGCAUUAGGAUCAGCCCUGGGAAUCUGUAUCACAGCGCUUAUAGUCGGUCAGGUGGGUCAGCAGGCAGGAGACGUCUUGCGGGGAUGUCGGGCAGGGUUCUGGUUCGGAGCUGGGGCUAGUCUUGUUGUAUCGGCCAGUGCGUACAUUGGCUUCAGAAAAGUCGGGCUGGCAAAGGAUGUCGGGAAAAUUAGAUAA